GAUGAUGAGCAAAUGAGAUUAACUUGACCGUCGUUAAUUCAUUGAUCAGUUUUGUUUGUCAUUUUGACGGUGGUGGUGUUGAACUUUAGUGUCUGUAGUGAUCUUUUUGGAAAUUUUUUUUGGUUGAUUGAAUACUGCCAACAAAAUGUUUCGUUCAGCAUUGAAAAUUGGUUUGAUUGGAUUCAGUCGUCAACAAUCAUCGAAAAUUGGCAAAAAUAAUGGCUUAAUGAUGAUGAUGAUUCAAAGUCGAUGGAUUGCCGAUACACGAUUGGAAUCGAAUGCAGCCGUUUUGGCCAAUUAUAGAUCAUUAAAACAACCGGAUAAUGCUGUUAUUGCUGAAUACGUUUGGAUUGAUGGUUCAGGCGAGAAUGUUCGUAGCAAAGGACGUACGCUGAAUUUUGUUCCAAAAACAGUUCAAGAAUUACCACGUUGGAAUUUUGAUGGUAGUUCCACUGGACAAUCAGUAGGCAAAAAUUCCGAUAUUUAUUUGAAACCGGUUCGUAUUUAUCCUGAUCCAAUGCGACAAGGUCAAAAUAUAUUGGUUCUUUGCGAAACAAUCAACUAUGAUAAUACACCACAUGUGACCAACAAACGUCAUACUUGUGUUCAAGCAUUGGAAAAAGCAGCAGCUGAAGAACCAACAUUCGGCUUAGAGCAAGAAUAUUCAUUGCUCGAUGGUAAUGAACCGAAUAAAAUGCUUGGUUGGCCAACGGGUGGCUUUCCUGCACCUCAAGGACCAUAUUAUUGUGGUGUAGGUGCAGGUAAAGCAUUCGGAAGAGAUGUUAUCGAAGCUCAUUAUCGUGCUUGUCUUUAUUCAAACAUUGAGAUUAGUGGCGUGAAUGCUGAAGUAAUGGCUUCACAAUGGGAAUUUCAAGUUGGUCCAACAAUCGGUGUACAAGCAGCUGAUGAUCUAUGGAUGGCUCGUUAUUUAUUGCAUCGAAUUGCCGAAGAAUUCAACAUUGGCGUUACGUUUGAUCCAAAACCAAUGACCGGUGAUUGGAAUGGUGCCGGUUGUCAUGCUAAUUUUUCGACGAUAGCAAUGUCAUCACCUGGUGGAAUGAAAGUAAUCGAAGCAGCAAUGGCAAAAUUAGCCAAAAAUCAUCAUAAACACAUUACCAAUUAUGAUCCAAAAGGUGGCCAAGAUAAUACUCGACGAUUGACUGGUCAACAUGAAACAUCAUCGAUGGAAAAAUUUAGCUAUGGUGUUGCGAAUCGUGGUGCAUCGGUACGAAUUCCACGUAGUGUUGCCGAUAAAGGUUAUGGUUAUCUUGAAGAUCGACGACCAGCAUCAAAUAUGGACCCUUAUGUUGUUUGUGAAUUAUUGGUUCGAACAAUUUGUUUAGACGAGUAAUCUUUCCCGAGAUAUCCUCUCGUUUGUUUGUUUUUCUAUAGGCUUUAAUCAUAUAUAAAAUUCAUAUUAAUAUUGUUA